CAGGAAGAGACAGAAAUGUGGAAAAUCAGGGAGUGGGAGAAGCAGACAGAAGAGACUUACUGGAAAAGGCAGAGCAGAAUGCUGUCAGACACCUCCAGCCGGAUGCGCAGUGAUGGCUUUGAUGAGGAGGGCCACAGGGCUGACUGGAAAACAAAGAACUCACAAUUUCUUGACCUAGUUGAAGAUGAUCUCCUCAGGGCCCGAUCCUGGAAUAAAAAGCUGUAUGAAUGUGAAGCCAACAUGCCAGACAGAUGGGGUCACAGUGGCUAUAAAGAGUUGUAUCCUGAAGAAUUCGAUACGGAUAGUGACCAGCAAGAAGGAGAUGAACAAAGUGCUAUCAAUGGGAAGAAAAAAUCUCAUCUAGGAAAGCAAAGUGCCCGUGAAUCGCACAAACGGAAAAAAACAAAGAAAUCGCACAAGAAGAAGCAAAAAAAGCGCUCACACAAAAAGCGAAAGAAAAAGAAAAAGGAGCAGGGGAGAACAUCAUCUGAUUCUUCCCAGGAGAGUGAGUGCUCAGAAGAGGAGACUUCAAGCACCCGAAAAGGGAAACACAAGCGCAAGAAAAAGACCAGGAAAGUGCCUGCCAGGGAACCUACCUCCUCGUCUGGGCAGGAAAGUGACUUUUCUCAUGCAAGCAGCUCAACCACCAGCAGCUCUGAGGACAGUGAAUCUGAGGAGAAAAAAGAGAAACGGCCCCAGAAAAAGAGAAAGAAACGUCACAAUUCUGUGUCAGAGAGGCACAGUGAAGUACCAGAGAAGAGGAGCAAGAGGAAGAACUGGAAAGUGGCUGCUGAUGAGAAAUCGGAGGAUAGCUCGGAUGAGGACUGAUGAGUCUAGGCUGCGGAUCAAACAAUAAGGUAGAGGACAGAGGCAGGUAUUUAUCUUUCA